CAAAAACAAAAGCAAACAGCCACUUCCUGUUUCUUGAGCACUCUCAGCCUGCAAGGCACAGGGUUAUACUUAACGGUCUGCCUCCUCAGUGUGGCCUCCUUUUCUUCCUGCUCUUCAGAGAAGAGGGCUUUAGAAAUCAGGACAGUUCUGAGAAGACUCUGGGGGUUGGGAUGCAAAGAGAUCGGCCUCUCAGGCCUGCCUAAACCAUUUCUCUGUUCCUCUCCAGUCUAAGUGAAGGUGGCAUGUGUUUUUGCCUUACAUCUCAUCUCCCCGCUUUUUCAUGUCAGCUAAUGGUUAUUCAGGAAACUUAUCUCAACCUGCUGGCCCUAUCCCAAAUCUUCAGGGCAUGGGUCAUGAGAAUGAUGUCAUGGCCAUGUGACUGCUGCCUAUACCUUGCUCCCUCUGCUGCCCUAGUCCUAACACUCUAAAAAGCCAGUUGUGUCCCCUGCUUCCAGCUUACCUGGACGAAGACCUGAGCAGAAAGGUUUUCUCCUGAUGGCUGACUCUCAACCACUCCUCUCCCUUGACGGGGACGCCGUGGCUGCAGAAGCCUUGCUCCGGGAUGUGUUUGAGAUUGUGGUGGAUGAGGUCAUUCGGAAAGGGACCAGUGCCUCCGAGAAGGUCUGCGAGUGGAGGGAGCCAGAGGAGCUGAAGCAGCUUCUGGAUUUGGAGCUGCGGAAUGAGGGGGAGUCACAGGAGCAGAUCCUGGAGCGCUGCCGGGCUGUGAUCCGCUACAGUGUGAAGACCUGUCACCCUCGUUUCUUCAACCAGCUCUUCUCAGGGUUGGAUCCUCAUGCCCUGGCCGGGCGCAUUGUCACUGAGAGCCUCAACACCAGCCAGUACACAUAUGAGAUCGCCCCCGUGUUUGUCCUCAUGGAAGACGAGGUGUUGAAGAAACUCCGGGCUCUGGUGGGCUGGAGCUCUGGGGACGGCAUCUUCUGCCCUGGUGGCUCCAUCUCCAACAUGUAUGCUGUGAACCUGGCCCGCUAUCAGCGCUACCCGGAUUGCAAACAGAGGGGCCUCUGGGCACUGCCGCCCCUGGCCCUUUUCACAUCAGAGGAGUGUCAUUACUCUGUCAAGAAAGGAGCUGCUUUUCUGGGACUUGGCACCGACAGUGUCCGAAUGGUCAAGGCAGAUGAGAGAGGGAAAAUGAUCCCUGAGGAUCUGGAGAGGCAGGUCGGCCUGGCUGAGGCUGAGGGUGCUGUGCCAUUCCUGGUCAGUGCCACCUCUGGCACUACCGUGCUGGGGGCCUUUGACCCUCUGGAGGCAGUUGCAGACGUGUGCCAGCGUCAUGGACUGUGGCUGCACGUGGAUGCCGCCUGGGGAGGGAGUGUCCUGCUGUCACAGACACAUAGACAUCUCCUGAAUGGGAUCCAGAGGGCUGACUCCGUGGCCUGGAAUCCCCACAAGCUCCUCUCUGCAGGCCUACAGUGCUCAGCUCUUCUUCUCCGGGACACCUCGAACCUGCUCAAGCGCUGCCACGGGUCCCAGGCCAGCUACCUGUUCCAGCAGGACAAGUUCUAUGAUGUGGCUCUGGACACUGGAGACAAGGUGGUGCAGUGUGGCCGCCGCGUGGACUGUCUGAAGCUGUGGCUCAUGUGGAAGGCACAGGGCGGGCAGGGGCUGGAGCGGCGUGUGGACCAGGCCUUUGCCCUUGCCCGGUACCUGGUGGAGGAAUUGAAGAAGCGGGAAACUUUUGAGUUGGUCAUGGAGCCUGAAUUUGUCAACGUGUGUUUCUGGUUCGUGCCCCCCAGUCUGCGGGAGAAGAAGGGGAGUCCGGAUUAUGGUGAAAGGCUGGCUAAGGUGGCCCCAAUCCUCAAGGAGCGCAUGGUGAGGAAGGGCUCCAUGAUGAUUGGCUACCAGCCCCAUGGUACCCGGGGCAACUUCUUCCGCAUGGUCGUGGCCAACCCUGCGCUGACGCGGGCGGAUAUGGACUUCCUGCUGAAUGAACUGGAACGGCUGGGCCAGGACCUCUGAGCCGCUCCUUCUCGCUGCUGGCCUGGACCCCUCCCCCAACCCUUACCAUCUCCCUGUAUCCCCUCCCCGUGUUCUCAAGAACAACCUCUCUAGGAAACAAAGCUGUCUUCAUUUUUAUGUGCUUUGACCCACGAACUCUCCUUUAAGUAUCUGAUAUUAAGAGAAUGUUUAAAUAAAUGAUAGUAUAUCCAUA